AUGGAUGGAUGGAUGGAGUACCUGAGGCGCGUCCUUCCGCGCAGCGUCUUGCCGCCUCUGCCGCCUGUGCACCGCUUCCCACCGCUCCUCUCGCCGCAUCCGAAGCAGUCAUCCAGGCAGCGACCAAAGCCAAGCAAAGCUCACCAUGUAAACCAGGAUAUUCCACCCACACACGUGCCUUCAUCGCGGCUUGGACUUUUGCCCGUCUCCUCCACGCUCGGAUCCUGGUCACCGAGAGGCUGCAAAACGCUGCUAGUCGACUCAUACCGAACCAAAUGCGUUUGUGACAGACUCUCCACCUUCGCCAUCUUAGCGCGCCUCAAUCCAGAAAUGAACAUGGACAAAGCAGGGCUGGUUCCCUCCGUGACGCUCAUCGUGGGCUGUGGAGUGUCUUCUCUGACGCUGCUGCUCCUCAUCAUCAUCUACGUCUCUGUGUGGAGAUACAUCCGAUCGGAGCGUUCUGUAAUCCUCAUCAACUUCUGCCUCUCCAUCAUCUCCUCCAACGCCUUGAUUCUGAUUGGACAGACCCAGACGCGCAACAAGAUCUUGUGCACGCUGAUCGCUGCCUUUCUGCAUUUUUUCUUCUUGUCAUCGUUCUGCUGGGUGCUGACCGAGGCCUGGCAGUCCUACAUGGCGGUGACUGGGCGUCUCCGGAACAGGAUCAUACGCAAACGUUUCCUCUGUCUGGGAUGGGGUCUGCCUGCACUCGUGGUGGCCAUCUCUGUGGGAUUUACUAAAGCAAAGGGAUACGGGACACCCAGCUACUGCUGGCUCUCUUUGGAGGGGGGUCUACUCUAUGCCUUUGUGGGACCUGCUGCUGCUGUUGUUCUGGUGAACAUGGUCAUUGGGAUUCUGGUCUUUAACAAACUGGUUUCCAAAGACGGCAUUACCGACAUGAAACUAAAAGAGAGGGCCGGUCAGAUGACAGUGCCACUGUACAAUAUGACGCUCAAAUGUGCCAAGUGCGGAGUUAUCUCUUCGGCUGACGUUUCCACCACAGCUACCAGUAACGCCAUGGCGUCGCUGUGGAGCUCAUGCGUGGUGUUACCCCUCCUGGCACUCACCUGGAUGUCGGCGGUGUUGGCCAUCACCGACCGCCGCUCCGCCCUCUUCCAGAUCCUCUUUGCCGUUUUUGAUUCGCUGGAAGGAUUUGUCAUCGUGAUGGUGCACUGUAUACUGCGGCGAGAGGUCCAGGAGGCGGUCAAGUGCCGCGUAGUGGAUCGUCAGGAAGACGCCAACGGAGACUCUGGGGGAUCCUUCCAAAAUGGCCACGCUCAGCUCAUGACUGACUUUGAGAAAGACGUGGACAUGGCUUGCAGAUCAGGUGUGAAGCGUACGUCUCUUCAGGGCGAGGACAAAGCGUCCGCUGGCACCCUGACGCUGCAGAAGGGGUCCAACUUCAACACGAUGCCCGCCAGCAUGGCCAAAGUGCACCUGCAGAACGUGGCCGACUACACCAGCCACACACUCACCAUGAGGCGAGAAAAGGCCACGGCCAAGGGAAUCAGCACCGAGCUCCCGGGGGCUAAGUCCAUCUACAUUUGUGACGGAGAACUCUUCAAGCAGCUCGACGGAGAAAUGCCGCGCGGGAACGGAGAGGGCAGCAGCGGCGGCGGUGACGGUAAAAGUUACGUCAUGAUGCCCGGUAACAACACAGGCACGCUCAAGUCGUCCAAAAACAAAGACGACAAGUACAACAUCAACAUGGAACAGCUGCCCCAGACCAGGCUCAUCCACUUGGCCAACCCCGUCACCGGAGAACCAGGGUUCAGCCUAAAGACGCUGCCCGCGGACCAGGUCAGCGUGUCGUGUUCGGAGAGGGACUCGCCGGCCCAUAAUCUGCAGCCUGGUUCCACGGUGAACGGAGGAGGGGAUCCCGGGAACGUCAUGAACAAGGGUGAAACCGUGUCCACGCUGUCCAUGAGCUCGCUGGAGAGACGAAAAUCACGCUAUGCAGAGCUUGACUUUGAGAAAAUAAUGCACACGAGGAAGCGGCACCAGGACAUGUUUCAGGAGCUGAGCAGGCGGACGUACACUGAUAGAGACUCUCCUCCCGAAGGAAAAGCGGCUAAAAGAUGGAGCGUGUCCUCAACCGGCAGUGACAAGACCAACAUGAGUGAAAAGCAACAGACCCCCAGUAAGAGGGGCUGGGAGGGUAUCAGGAAGCCCCACUCUCCGCCAUCUUGGGUGCGUAAGGACCUGGAGACGGUGGCCGCGUCCCCCUUGGAGCUCCAGGCCGUGGAGUGGGAGAAGAACAGCGCCACCAUCCCCCUUGUGGGACAGGAGCUCAUGGACCUGCAAACUGAGGUGUAG